AUGGUCUUACAGAAUUCUGGUAAAUAUAAAGGCGAACAGGAUGGAGAAUCUGCUGGACGAGAGGAUAGCAGUGAGAAGCGUCUUCAAAGAAGCCAGCAGAACGAUGAGAUUGAUUCCAGAUUUGGAUAUGAACGUUACAAGGACCCAUCAGAGAAAACUGGUUGGCUUAUUAAUAUGCACCCAGCUGAUAUCCUGGAUGAAGACAAACGUCUUGUAAGUGCCGUAGAUUACUACUUUGUUGAAGAAGAUGGCGGAAGAUUUAAGGCUACUCUUCUUUUUCGACCUUACUUUUACGUGGCUACAAAAGCCAAUUGCGAAAGAGAGGUGGCAUCAUAUCUCACAAAAAGAUUUUCAGGAAAGAUUGCUUCUGUGGAGACGAUUGCUAAAGAGGAUCUUGAUUUGCAUAAUCACCUGGUGGGAUUGAAAAGAACAUACCUGAAGUUAUCUUUCCUCAGUGUUGAAGAACUAGUGAAGGUAAAGCGGGACAUUAUGCCAACAGUGAAAAAAAACAAGGAACGAGAAAAGUCCAUGGAUAAUUAUGCUGCUAUGUUGAACAUGCAUCAUGGUAAUGAAGAAGGUGGUCAUGUAUCCAAGAAAAUAGCUGAGCAAAUGGAUAAUAUAAUUGAUAUCAGAGAAUAUGAUGUUCCUUAUCAUGUUCGGGUGUCAACUGAUUUGAAAAUCUUUGUUGGGCACUGGUAUUCAGUAAAAGGCCGUGGUUCCGCUUCCCCCGAAAUUAGACUUCGGGAUGACUUAGUUGACAGACCUGAUCCUGUGGUAUUUGCUUAUGAUAUAGAAACUACAAAACUACCUCUGAAGUUUCCAGAUGCUCAAACUGACCAAAUUAUGAUGAUUUCAUACAUGAUUGAUGGUCAGGGCUAUUUGAUUACAAACAGAGAAAUAGUGUCACAAGAUGUUGAGGACUUUGAAUAUACACCACGUCCAGAAUUUGAAGGACCAUUUACUAUUUUCAAUGAGCCAGAUGAGUUGAGUCUUAUUCAGCGUUUCUUUGACCACAUUUUGGAAGUGAAACCACAUAUAUUUGUGACAUACAACGGAGAUUUCUUUGAUUGGCCUUUUGUUGAAACUCGUGCUGCUGUCUAUGGACUUGACAUGUUCAGAGAAAUUGGCUUUCAGAGAGAUUCCCAGGGUGAAUAUAAAUCUCGUGCUGCUUCACACAUGGACUGUUUCAAGUGGGUGAAAAGAGACAGUUAUUUGCCUGUUGGCAGUCAGAACUUAAAGGCAGUUGCAAAGGCCAAAUUACGAUAUGACCCUGUAGAAUUGGACCCAGAGGAAAUGUGUCGUAUGGCAAGUGAAGAACCACAGAUGUUGUCCAACUAUUCUGUCUCUGAUGCAGUGGCCACUUACUAUCUGUACAUGAAGUAUGUACAUCCAUUCAUCUUUGCUUUAUGUACGAUUAUUCCCCUUGAACCAGAUGAGGUUUUACGUAAAGGUUCUGGUACUCUGUGUGAAUCCUUGCUUAUGGUACAAGCUUACCAUGCCAAUAUUGUUUUUCCAAAUAAGCAAGAAUCAGUACUGAAUAAAAUGACUGAAGAUGGUCACUUGCUUGAUUCAGAAACUUACGUUGGUGGUCAUGUUGAGGCACUGGAAUCUGGAGUUUUUAGAGCAGACAUUCCUUGUCGAUUCAGAAUGGUCCCUGAUGCCUUUGAUACAUUGAUAAAUGCUGUUGAGCGGACAAUGAAGCAUGCAAUUGAAGUAGAAGAAAAAGUUCCAUUUGAGCAAGUCACAAAUUUUGAUGAAGUCUGUGCUGAUAUAAAAGAACGUCUUGGGGAACUGAAAUGCUGCCCCAACCGGUUGGAGAAUCCGAUUAUUUACCAUUUGGAUGUUGGUGCUAUGUACCCAAACAUCAUUCUUACUAAUAGACUCCAGCCCUCUGCAAUGGUUGAUGAAGAAACUUGUGCAGCUUGUGAUUUCAACAAACCUGGAGCUACCUGUCAGCGGAAAAUGACGUGGAUGUGGAGAGGAGAGCAUAUGCCUGCAACAAGAAGUGAAUUUCAGAGAAUCCAGCAACAGUUAGAAAAUGAGAAAUUUCCGCCUGCUUUUCCAGAUGGCCCAAUGCGGGCAUUUCAUGCACUUCCUACAACAGAACAGGCUGCAAUUGAGAAAAAACGAUUAGCUGAAUAUUGCAGGAAGGCUUAUAAGAAAGUUCAUUCCACUCGACUCGGUAAAAAGGUGGCCACAAUUUGCCAACGAGAAAAUUCCUUCUAUGUGGACACUGUUCGUGCCUUCCGUGACAGGCGUUAUGAAUUUAAAGGUUUGGUCAAAGUAUGGAAACGUAAGCUGGCUGAAGCUGAAGCUUCUCAGGAUGCUGCUGAGAUCAAAAGAGCCAAUGGUAUGGUCGUUUUGUAUGACUCUCUCCAAUUGGCACAUAAAUGCAUUCUCAACUCCUUUUAUGGUUACGUCAUGAGAAAAGGAGCUCGUUGGUAUAGUAUGGAAAUGGCUGGCAUUGUUUGCUACACAGGUGCAAACAUCAUCACAAAAGCACGAGAAAUUGUUGAGAGAAUUGGGCGACCUUUAGAGUUGGACACCGAUGGUAUCUGGUGUGUAUUACCAGCAACAUUUCCUGAAAAUUAUGUUGUUAAAACAACUCACCCCAAAAAAUCAAAGCUGACCAUUUCUUAUCCAGGUGCCAUGUUGAACGUAAUGGUACAGGAUGAAUUCACAAAUCAUCAAUAUCAAGAAUUGGUAAAUCCUGCAAAUCUUCACUAUGAGGUACGCAGUGAAAAUUCCAUUUUCUUUGAAGUGGAUGGACCUUACUUGGCAAUGAUUUUACCAGCAUCCAAGGAGGAAGGCAAGAAACUGAAAAAACGUUAUGCUGUGUUCAACUUUGAUGGUUCCCUUGCUGAAUUAAAGGGAUUUGAAGUGAAAAGAAGAGGAGAGCUUCAACUUAUCAAGAUUUUUCAAUCAUCUGUAUUUGAGGCUUUCCUUAAAGGUGGCACAUUGGAAGAAUGUUAUGAAGCUGUUGCCAAAGUUGCAGACUAUUGGUUGGAUGUUCUGUACAGCAAAGCAGCAAAUAUGCCAGACUCUGAACUGUUUGAAUUGAUUGCAGAAAACAGAAGCAUGUCCCGUAAACUGGAAGAUUAUGGUCAGCAGAAAUCCACUUCCAUUAGUACAGCGAGACGAUUGGCUGAGUUUUUGGGUGAUCAAAUGGUAAAAGAUGCUGGAUUGAGUUGUCGUUAUGUUAUCUCUCGAAAGCCAGAAGGUUCUCCAGUCACUGAAAGGGCUAUUCCCAUGGCUAUUUUCCAGGCUGAGCCUGGUGUUAAAAAACACUUUUUAAAGAAAUGGUUGAAAACUUCCCACAAUGAUUUGGAUAUUCGAGAUGUAAGAGAAAAAUAUUUUAUGCACAUAUGUACACGCACACAUUUGUGUAAAUUUUAA